AGUCUCGAGACCGCCGCGAGCCGCGAGGCCCGCGAGGGCCGUGAGCCGUCGCCUAUCGAUUAUCCUGUCACCGUUAUUUGCCGCUGCCGUCGACGCCGAGCGGACGCGGCGGACGAGAGGCUCGGGGUCGCGAAGUCGUUCUCGCUCGCUCGCGAAAGGCCGGCGAUGCCGUGCCGCGGCGCGGAUUAACCUGCCCGUUCGAGACGUAAAUUCCCGGUUUCCCGAUAAAUAGUGGCGAUGGACGCGGACGAGGUUCUCUGCAGGAUCUUCGGCGCGAGCCCCGUCACCGCCGAGCGCGCCGGCGCUGGUAUACCCAAGGACGAGCAUCUCGGACGAUCUAGAUUAUUUCAGAAUUUGACUUGGGUGAACGAGCACAUCAGAAAAUCCCUGUUGAAUCUGUAUAUCGACACAUGGAACUCUGCGGACAAUAGAGAGGGUCGUAUAGGUCCCCAUCUCGUUAGGUUUGACGUGUCUAUGCAUCACGGUCUCUGCAUCGUCUCCCCUGACAGGCUAAGCGUCAAUUCACAGAGUAGCUUUAGUACAAUGCGAGCUAAUACGGGAGUGUUUAAGGGAAAAUGGAUGUACGAGGUGCAGCUUGGAUCCAAAGGAGUGAUGCAAGUGGGAUGGGGCACCGCUCAAUGUAAAUUUAAUCAGCAAUACGGCGUUGGAGACACACCAAAUUCAUACGCUUAUGAUGGAAAUCGUGUGCGAAAAUGGAAUGUGAGUACCCAUAAGUAUGGUGAAGCCUGGUUAACAGGAGACAUCAUCGGCUGCGCGCUGGACAUGGACGAUGGAACGAUAGAUUUCUAUAGGAAUGGCAGGAGUCUGGGCAGAGCGUUCGAGAAUAUACCGAUGGGCGCCGGGAUUGCGUAUUUUCCCACUGUUAGCCUGGCCUUCACCGAGAACUUAACGGCGAAUUUUGGCUCCAUACCGUUUAGAUAUCCCGUGGAGGAUUACGAACCACUGCAAGCGCCUCCGUUGGCGCAAGUUCGGCAAGCCAUGCUUCUCUUUCAGUGGCUGUCGCAAGUGAUCGAACUGCUGGAAUAUUCAAAGAACGUUGACAAGCGGAACGUUCCAUUGGAGGAUAAGACUAUGAGCGCCCAAGCGUUCCUCAUGUGCCUAGCGAGAUCUAUCUUAAAACAUAUCGGCCCGUUGCUCACCGUUCCUUACGUCACCGAGACGGUUUUCGUGCCGUUUAUGCAGACGCUCUGCGAUCUAAACACCGAUGACUCCUCGACGAAAUCCUCUUAUUCGAAUGUUCGCAGCACGCGGUCGAUUGUCUGUUUGGAUUUGCUUUGGACGUUCCUGGAGGAGCACGAGAUCAAGAUGUGCUUGGAGAGUACAGUGCUCCAUUUACUGUCCGCCUUCCGACACGUUUCCUUGCUACUCGAAUACCCGGAUCAGUGCAAGAGCCUGAUGCUGCUGACCAAGAUCUGUCAGCACACCGUCACACGACAAUAUUUUCUACAACACCUGUUGUUCGAUCGUGUGCGUUUUGCCAACUUUGUGCACGUAAAACCGCUCGAUGAGGGUGGACUGACGGAUGUAGUGGAGAAAGUCUGGUGGGAAACUAAUCCCUUGGAUCCGUCGAUUGAGGCAAACAAAACUAGUUAUCUAUACGCUUGUGAACGCAUCAAAGCUGCCAUAUCCGAGGUAGAAGCAUUACAAGUCGAGUUACUAGUCACUUUGUUAGAUAAUACCGAUGGAACAGUCAAGAGGCCGACGUCGAGGACUAUCUUUUUGAAAAAAUUCAAACGUUUCGUUCAGGAGAACCUAAUAUCCAGUCGCACACCCCUGCCGAUCACAUUAUGUUGCUUUCACCGACUUCUGGUUGCAUUCAGAAUUUUAUGGGACACUGAAAUUGGGACAAGUCCUGUCUAUAUACCCUGCAGGGCGUUCUACGAUGCAUCGAUCAAUUACUCUGGAAUCGACAGACUUGGUGGCGUAAUAACCCACUUAAACAAGACAUUCAGGAACGAAUUGCUACGCCUCCUAGGUCCGGAGCAUGAGGUAAUCGUUGCUAUGGAACAGCAACAACAGCAGCAGCAGCAGCGUACUACAACAGCGACAAAUGAAGCGUCAAAUAACACUUACGCUGCCGUAGUCGGCACGGCCGUGAGACCACUAGUUGACUUGCCCGCGGCUAUACCCGCGGCCGUUUAUCCUCGCUUAAUUAACAUCAACCCGCCGGCGGCAUCGGGAAGCCAAGGUAGUUCUAUGAUACUGGAGAGAUUCGGAUUUUUUUCGCAUACUAGAGAGGAUAGGACUCCAAUACGUCACGGUCCUGCAGAUCCAGCGAUCUCGUUGAUGGAAUUAUUAGAUGGUAUUAUCUUAUUCUACCAUGUAGCAGCGAAAAAGCAGCUGGCCAAGGUAGCCGGUCUGCGCGACAGUAUGUCCGCAUAUAUUACCGCGAUCGCCGACACUAAGGCGAGGCUCGAGCAUGUCGACCGGGAGACUAUCCCAGGGAAGGAUCCCGACGCAGAGGCAAUACAAAGAGAACUGCUCCGUACGACGGAUAUAUUUAAUAAGAAAUUGUCGGAGCAGGCGAGACACAUGGCGUGGAUCAGGGCCGCCGUGUAUUCAGAGGAGAAACAAGCUCAAUUGGCCUGGCUACUAAAGGUAGUUACGCUGACCCUGCAAACCGCCAGUCAACAGGGUAACAUGUUCAGCUUUGUGCCCGAUUUCUAUCUGGAGACGCUGUCUGAUCUGAUCAUAACUUUGCGCGCCCACAUGCAUCCCACCGCACCGAUUGAGAAUAUCCCGGAUUAUCGAACGAUGCUGUGCAACGUUGCCGAGUUCUUGUGCGAUCAUUUUCUCGAUUCACGCAUAGUGCACGCCAAUUCUAAGGACGUGCUGAUACUCGCGCUCGCUGGUUUUGUAUCGAAUCCAUUGAUGCUGGAGGCAUUGGAGAAUGUGCCACGCGAAAGCAGGAUAAAGAUCGUGACGAGUCUGUUGAAACCAUAUGAGAAUAGAGCAUGGGCGCAAUCGAAUUGGGUUCUGCUCAGAUUUUGGCAGGGUAACGGCUUUGCCUUCCGAUACGAGAAGAGCCCACAUCUUUCGAAGAUCGGUAUGAAACAACAGGAAUCUGUCUAUCAGCUUAUAAAACCGUGUCCAUCGGUAAUAUAUCAAGACCAUGUGAGGGACGUGUUGCUGGGCAGUCCGCAAGUGACCACGCCAUUCUUGAACUCGCUAUUGAAUCAAUUAAAUUGGGCAUUCUCCGAAUUUAUCGGCAUGGUGCAGGAGAUUCACAACGUGUCGUCGAGACCGGAGCGAGUGUUUAUCGAGUCGAGACAAUUGAAAAUCUGCGCCACUUGCUUCGACCUAGCUAUCUCGUUGCUUCGGGUAUUAGAAAUGAUUUCCAUGGUGGCCCGGGAUGUUUUCAACGAUCCCACGCAGUCUUCCAGCGAAAUCUUAUUGGCCAGAUUGUGUCAAUUACUCUGCCAAGUGUUGAACAGGAUGAGCUCACAAACGAACUGUUUUCAACACGUCAUGUUACUGGAAAUACCGGAUUUAGAAUCUAUAGAUCACUUUCCUAUAUUAGCUGCUGUUAUUGGUAUUCUGUUGGCUCUUCUUGAGAAAGAGAUGAAGGAUUUCGCAGCAGCAAAAUCGACAAUUGAAGUGCCCAAAAUUACACGAAGUUUAUUGACAGAACCGAGCUUCCAAAUCAGUUCUCUGCAUUUCGUUUUGGGCGACACAAAAUUGAAAAAUACAAAGACGAAGAAUGUAAAACCAUUCUCGUUGUUGAACUAUCAGGAAGAUGUAACGGCAGAAGAAAUUAACCGAGUAAAGCAGAUGAUAACAUAUCUCGACACUUGUCACGUGCUCUUACCCGAUACCAAAUUGAUCAGUGACGAUGAGAAUGCUUGUACAAUUUGCUACGCGUUUCCAAUUACUGCUAUAUUUAAGCCGUGCAAUCAUCAAACGUGCCGCACCUGCAUAGAUCGCCAUUUGCUCAACACCAGAGAAUGUUUCUUUUGUAAAACGACCAUAGACAAGGUUGAAGAUCUAAGCGGGAACACAUUGCACGAUUUUACUAGCGAAUUCCCAAUUUCAAGAGCGACUUCUUGAUCCAGUGACAAGAUUGUUUCGCACAAAUUGCAUAUAUUGUAUUAAAGAUUUGUUGAAUUCUCGCGAUAUAUAUGCGUCGAGCAUCGAAUCCCGAUAAAACUGCCGCAAUUUUAAUUGUACAAUAAAGAAUUCUGUGAGGGAGAGAGAAAUAACUAGGAGAUAAAUUGAGAUUAACACAAAGGUUGUAUAAAAUAUCACAAAAAUUUUUUAUUUACAUUCACAAGUACAAUAUACUUAUAUAUUCUUGAGCACAUCUUAAACAACAGAAGACGUCAAAAGUUUAAAAGAAUCAGUUUCACGCAAUUCUGCGUGUAAAUGAGUUAAUCGGUAAAAAUUGUAUAUAUAUGUAUAUCAGUCUUUCUGACGCCUUAACUAUAUCUUUUCAUCUUAAUGUAACAUUAACGAAAGUUAAAGUAUGGUCGAAUUGCAAAUCAGCUUUCUCAGUCUCAUUCGAAUCAAGUUGCAUGUGAGAUCUGCAGAGAGCAUGGCACGCCGUUAACAGAUUGUUAUCAAUGAUAAUAAAUCUCUAAGUUUAUCAGA